CCGCCGGGGCCGUUACCGUUGCCUGAGGGCCCGGGGACUGGAGCCGAGGCGUCCGUAGAGGCGGAGAUCGCGUGGAAGCCGGGCUCGCGGCUAGGCGGCGGGGGGACCGUGGAAGGAGGCCGGGGGGGCGGGCCUGUCGUGGCCUCGGGAGCCCCGGGAGUGCGGAGAGAAAGCCGAGGCGGCGGCGGCGGGUCCCUGCCCCGGCUCUGCCUCCCUUCCCCCUUCGCUCGCUCGGGCCGGCGCCGGGAGCCCCGGAGCCAGAGCUCGGGAGGCUGCGGAGCGGCCGCGCCGCCCACGGGAGGAUGCAGAAGUAGCGGCGCCGGCUCCGCCGCCCGCCCGUGGGUUUGACUGAUGUGUGUCAAAAAUGGAAGUUUAUUUUUACUUGAGACUGUUAUCAAAAGCAGGAGAAAAUAGAAGAAUGAGGAAUAGUUCAAAGUUUCAAUGGCUGUCAUCAGUUAUUUUUUUAUACUUAGUGAACCAAGCACAUGGCCAGAAAAGAGGGGUUCCUCAUGAUUUAAAGUGUAUAACCCAUAACUUAAAGGUAUGGGACUGUUCCUGGGAAACCUCCUCUAGAAUAAACCAUGGUACUACUUAUGAAAUUUGUAUUGUAAACAGUUCUUAUCCCUGUAUUCGGACAGAGAAAACACAUUUUGAGAUUCCAGCUCUUUCACUUGCUAAUCAUGAAAUAAAAAUAAGUUCCAUGCAUGUUUCUGGGAAUUCUGUUACUAAAUUUAUCCUAAAUGAAAGAAGUGUUUCCUUAGUUCCUGCCACAUUACAGAUUUUAAAUUUGACAGCUGAUUUUUCAACCUCUACAUUGUACCUAAAGUGGAAUGACAAUGGUUCUGUUUGGCCCCGUCACUCAAAUGUCAUCUGGGAAAUUAUUGUCCUAUAUAAAGAAGACAUGGAAGUUGCAACAAUAGCAACACAUAACACAACUCUGAGUGGUAAGGAUUCGGUCCAUCACUGGAGUUGGACCUCAGAUAUCCCUUUGGAAUGUACUCUACAUUAUGUGAAAAUUCGAUAUUACAUUGAUGAACUUCAUUUUUCUGGUCAAAAAGAGUGGAGUGAAUGGAGUCCACUUAGAAAUAUUUCAGGACCUCCCACAAAAGAAAAUUAUGCGGUUUUUCCUCAAGACAAAGUGGUACCAGUAGGCUCAAAUAUGACAUUUUGUUGUAUUGUUGAGGAACCUGUCUUAGCUGCACAAUUUGGAAGUGAAAAAUAUUCUCUCAUCCGCCUUGAUAAUAAAAGUGUUGCAAUCAAGAUCAAUAAUAUUACUGUUUCUCGAAGUAGUGGAACAAAUGUGGUUUUUACAACAAAGUCAAACGUGUAUGGAACAGUUGUAUUUGUAGGAUAUCCACCUGAUAUCCCUAGAAAGCUGAACUGUGAAACACGAGAUUUGAAAGAAAUUAUAUGUAGUUGGAAUCCAGGAAGACCAACUGGGUUGGUUGGCCCCCGUGAUACAAAUUAUGUACUGUAUGAAAGAUUUUCUGGAAGAAAUGCUACAUACAAAAGAGAUGAAGAACACAUGAAUGAAAACCAUCAAUUAAUCUUUCAAAUGAUAGCUGGUCAGGAAAUAUAUAAUUUCACCUUGAAGGCUAACAAUCCUGUGGGUAGAUCAGAAGCCUCAAUUUUAGUUGAUAUAACUCAAAGAGUUUAUCCUCAUACUCCUUCAAAACUCAUUGUGAAGAAUGUUAAUUCAACUGCCAUUAGUCUCUCUUGGCACUUAUCUGGCAAUUUUGCAAAUAUUAAUCUUUUAUGUGAAAUUGAAAUUAAUACAACUUAUUCAGGGCAAGAAUUGCGGAACAUCACUGUUAAAGGAUUAGAAACUUCUAAUUAUCGUGUUUCUGUGGACAAAUUGAUGCCAUAUACUAUGUAUACUUUCCGGGUGCGUUGUUCUUCUGAGAACUUUUGGAAAUGGAGCAAGUGGAGUAAUGAAAAGCAAUACUUAACCAUGGAAGGAAUUCCUUCAAAAGGACCAGAUAUCUGGAGAGAGUGGAGUGCUGAUGGGAAAAGUAUAGUAAUAUACUGGAAGCCCUUAUCUAUUAAUGAAGCUAAUGGGAAAAUACUUUCCUAUGAUGUAUCAUAUUGGUCAGAAAAAGAAAAACAGUACUACCUUCCUGAGAUUCCUGAUCCGCAGCAUAGAGCAGAAAUACAACUUGACAGAAAUGAUUACAAUGACUACAUCAUUAGUGUUGUGGCCAAAAAUUCAGUUGGAUCAUCUCCACCUUCUAAGAUAACUAGUAUGGAAAUCCCAAAUGAAGACCUCAAAGUAGAGCAGAUUGUUGGAAUAGGAAAUGGCGUAUUAUUUCACUGGAAUUAUGAUCCCAAUAUGACUUGUGACUAUGUUAUAAAAUGGUGUAACUCAACUCGAUCUGAACCUUGCCUCAUCGACUGGAAAAAAUUCCCUGCAAAUAGUACUGGAGCACUCAUAGAAUGUGAUAAUUUUCGAUCUGGAACACGCUAUAACUUUUUCCUCUAUGGCUGCAAAAAUCAGAAAUAUCAAUUAUUGCGUUCAAUAGUUGGAUAUACAGAAGAGCUGGCUCCAAGCGUUGCACCAAAUUUUACUGUGGAAGACACCUCUGCAGAUUCAAUAUUAGUAAAAUGGGAAGACAUUCCUGUUGAAGACCUUCGAGGAUUUAGAGGAUAUUUGUUUUACUUUGAAAAAGGGGAGAAAGGCACUUCUAAAAUCCAGGGUUGGAGUCAGGUAAGACGUUCUGAUGUGAAAGUUAAGAAUAUUACUGACAUAACACAGAAAACAUGAGGAUUGUCGAUCUUCAAGGAAAAACAGGGCUACCAUCUGCUCUUGCAGGCUUACACAGAUGCUGGAAUAGGUCCAGGAAAGGCCAUGUAUGUGGUCACAAAAGAAAAUUCUGAGGGAUUAAUUAUUGCCAUUCUCAUCCCUGUGGCAGUGGCUAUCUUUGUUGGAGUGGUAACCAGUAUUCUUUGUUAUCGUAAAAGAGAAUGGAUUAAAGAAACUUUCUAUCCUGAUAUUCCAAAUCCAGAAAAUAGUAAGGCAUUGCAGUUCCAUAAAAGCAUCUGUGAGGGAAGCAGUACUCUGAAAACGCUGGAAAUGAAUCCUUGCACUCCUAAUAACGUGGAAGUGGUGGAAACAAGAUCAGCAGCUCCUAAAAUUGAGGAGGAUACUGAAAUCAAGUCCCCAGUCGCUGAUGGUCCUGAAGAAGGGUCUGAUGCUGAGCCUGAAAACCAUGUGGUCGUCUCCUACUGUCCACCAAUCAUUGAGGAGGAGAUAGCAAAUGCUGGAGGGGAGGAAGCUGGAGGCUCUUCCCAAGUCAUUUAUAUUGAUAUUCAAUCCAUGUAUCAACCUCAGGCAAAACCAGAGGAAGAACUAGAAAACAACUCUGUAGGUGGAGCAGGCUAUAAGCCACAAAUGCAUCUGCCAGUUACUUCUAUUGUAGAGAACAUAAUCGCAGCAGAUGACUUAGAGAAAACUGCAGGUUACAGACCUCAGACAAAUGUAAAUGCCUGGAAUUUAGACUCUCCAGACUCUCCUCGGUCCAUAGACAGCAACAGUGAAAUUGUGUCCUUUGGAAGCCCAUGUUCAAUUAAUUCUCGGCAGUUUUUGAUUCCCCCAAAGGAUGAAGAAUCGCCUAAAUCUUCUAAUGGAGGGUGGUCAUUUACACAUUUUUUUCAAAACAAACCGAAUGAUUAGCAAUAGUGUCCUGUUGCAUCAGUCUGCCAUCUCAAUAAGCUCUGACUCCUGGGGUUGUAACAGCAGCACUGGUCAUUCUAGGAGGCCUCCAGUGGAGUGUAUUUUUAGUGAGAUGAACUUUACCAUGUGUAAGUUACACUGAAAGUGUUAAUGUUGUUUUACUGUAGUCUAAAAGCCAAAGUAUAGCAACUCAGUAAUUCAGUUCAUAUGAAACGAGAUACUGGAUUUGGGUCUAUUUGUGAUUCCAGCCAAAGAAGCCUCACUUAUUCUACCAUCAAGUAGCAUUUUCAAAUUAAUUAUUGCUUAAUACUUUAGAAAAUACCCAAACUGUUUUACAUUCAUUGAAUCCUAGCCAGAGGGUUUGAAAUUACAGGCAGGGGGGAAAAUGUGCAGAUGUUCAGAUGUUCAGAUUAACAGAGAAUUACUUGACUGAAAUUUGUUCAAAUCUAGAUAAAAGCCAAGCACAGAUCAGGUAAUGUAAGACCAUUUUUCUCUGUAGUUAACAAAGCUUUUAAAACGUAGCAGCAGCUAUUUUAGUUUCUUGUUUGAUAACUAGGUCUCUGUGCCUACUAUAUAAUGGUUAUCAAAUUGUUGACUCAGGGGCACAAACUUGGAAAAUGAGUAUAACACUGACUUAUGCCACAUUUCUGAAUAUGGCUUUAGCAGGUUCUUUUCCCCACUAAUUUUUAACUCCUACUUGUAAUAGGGUGCCCUAAUGUAUAUGCUUUAGUGAUUUACAGUACUAGGACUGCAUAUCUAAGACAUUAUGUACAAACAAACCCAAACUCUUGACAUUCAUUUGUGAAAGUGCCAGUUUUAUGAAUGUGUGAACAAAGCACAUACUUAAGUAUAAUGCUCAGCAUUAAUUAUACUAAUUUUCCAUUUAAGGCUAUUCCUAUCAACAAGAUCUAGCCAAACCAGUCUCUACCACUGGUAGUAACAGUUGGCAUUAGUUCUCCAUGAAGAAAUGCUUCUCUGAAUUUUCUCUUUAAACAGUGAGCCACAAGUUAAUGCUAUUUAGUAUGGGCAUAUAAUCGAUUUCCUAUUUAUAGUCUAACAGUUACUUUUCUUAACUAGACCACAGUACCACCUGCUUAGUGGAAUAGUUGUUUUUGAUGAAAAUUUAAAGAGCUGAUUUUUUUUUUGCUUUAAAAUAGUCACUUGGUGGCUAUUUUACUGGAAAUAUCAUGAAAAACUUCAAAUUCAAACUCAAUUUGAAUUAAUUCUAUUAAACACCAUAGAAGUAAACAGUUGCUUUUAUCACCUAUAAUAAAAGAUUGAGUGCCCUUAUAACAUAAAGAAUCAUGUUAGCCUCCAGGUUUUUUCAGAAAUAACUGCCUUUCUGGGAAAUGACUCUGGAAAAGUUUCAUGUCAAACUACAAAUUGCGAAAGUAUUUUUUAAUCUGCCUUCAAGACCUGUAUGUAUUUUGCCUUUUGAUGGUUAAGUUACAAAUGCUUAAAAUACUCUGAUAACUGAAUAAGUGAGAGCAUUUUAUUUUUGUUUUUACUUGUUUACUAUCAAAGAAACAUUCUAUUUGUACACUUGGACCCUCGACCGAAGUAUCCUCGUGUGUUUUGUAGAAAAUGAUAGGGCAAUUAGGAGCAAAUUUCAUUUAGAGAUCAUAUUUUUAAACCCUCAUUUUAACUGCUAGGCUUCAGCUAAUCUUUAAGACCUAGCAUGAGACUAGGGAAGGAAACGUAGAGUAAGAUAUACCAAGUAUAGUUGUAGCAUAUUCAGACUUAGACCACACGAGUUUUUCAAUCCCCGGGGCUAACCCUAAACCAAAUUGUGAAGUAGGUGAUGUUUUUCUUUGGUGUACCCUUUUUUUUAGCUCUCCCUCUCCCUUGCUCUCACUCUCUGUCUCUCUCCUCCACUCUGCCUUACUCCCCAUGAAGCUUCAAAACUCUCUACACCUUAUCAUCUAAGUGCUACUUUCCCUGGCAGGUACCAAGUGAUUCUGCCACAACCAUCCAACUGUCUCUUGCCAUGACUCCCACUCUCACCAUUAUGUAGCCUACAAUACAACUUAUGUAUCUAGCAUCUCAUUUCUUCAGGGCCAAGUUAUCAAUAUUUCAAGGUGAUAGUGAAAUAAUCUGAGCUAAUAGGGAGAAAAGUACACCCCCAGAUUUCUCCCUAUCUUUAAAGUAACAGAAAUGCAUUGGAGCAGUGUUCAUCUGGAGACAUUGCCCUGUCUUCCUUGUUCUAACCAAAGACAUGAUACUAAAAUUGAAAAUUUUAGGCCAGGUAAGAAGUAAUAUAGCAGGAUGUUGGAAGAGUUUCAGGCAGGUCAAACUUUAAGCAGUUGGUUUAGUCAAACUGGUAAAUGAUUCCAUACUACCUAUUCACAAAGUCAAUUCACAUUAGAAAAUUUUAACUAUUAGUUUAUGCCCACGUUGAUUGAAUAGUACCAUACUUUGAAACAUAUUUAAUGCGUUAGAACAUUUCUGGAAUUUUAGCCCAAAUUUUACAUUUUCAAACAAAUCUCCUUCACAUACCAGAGACAAACAACCUAUUAGCAAUAGUUAGCAUUUAUAUAGAGCUUUCAUGUUUGUAAAACACUUUAUGAAUGUUAUUUCAUUCAAUACAACAACCCUGGGAGAUAGGUGCUAUUAUUAUCCUGAUUUUUUUUUUUACAGUUGAGGAAACCAAGACAGACAAAGGUUAAGUGAUUUGCCUGGUGUCCCACAGCUAGUGUCUGAGGCCAGAUUUGAGUAUAGGCUUCAUGACUCCCAAGUCCUACAACCAUUUUGGAUUAAUGUAAAUAGGUAAUUACAAACCAUCUAUAGGAAAAAAGAGCAAUUGGGCUAUCAAAUUUUGUCAUUAUAUGUUUCAAAAAGAUAGUAAGGCAUAGUGAAUAUAAAGGCCUGACCUCAGUGUCAGGAAAACUUGGGCUCAAGUCCAUCCUCUGACAUAUACUGGCUAUAUGAUAAUAAUCUGGGCAGAUAAUUUAAUCUCUUAGUGUCCCCAGCCAACUCUCUAAGGCUAGCAGUUGCUGCUCUGCUUUGGUAAAGGGAUUUUCAUUACCAGGAAGUUCCCUAUACUGAUGAAAUCACAGAUCUGGACAAAGUAUAUGUUUCCUAUUGUGUAAAUUAUUUCAGCUGCUGUAAAAUUAAAAUUAUUUUUGAAUAUAUUGAAAUGAGGAUAAUAAUUUUCCAGUUGAAUAACACUGUAUGUGAUAUGCUUUUGGUCUCUGUGCAAAUUAAAAACUAAGAGAAAAUAGAUGUUUGUUAAUUGAAAAAGAUACACAAUUUUUUAAAAAGCAUAUGGCAAGAAUUCUCAAUUUAACUUUUAAUACUCAGGUGAUUUUUUUUCCUGUUAGUCAUUUUUCUAAAGGGAAAACUCUUUUAACUGGUACUGUUGGAAACUACAGUGGAAAUCCAUAUCUUUAAGGCAUUUGCUUCAAAUUAUAUAUUUUGUUACUUUUUUUCUUUCUAUAAAUUAGGGUGAUUACUCUAAAUCAAUCACUGCUGCUUUCUAUUUUGAGCCAUAUUGGAAUUUGUAUAAUUUUUUGUUAAAAAAAAGAAUUUUUUAUUUAUGUAGAAAUUCAGCAUUGAGCAUCAAUCUAUGACAGAGGAGUCAGGUUAAUGAUGCUUGUCCUAUAGCUACAGAAAGACUGACUGGGCACGUAGAUGCCCAGUAAGUAUAUAUGAUUGAACCUUGGCCUAGAGCAAGUCUUUCCAAUUGGUGUAAUCUCAAGUGAUCCAUUAAAAUCUAGAGUGGCCCUAUAAGGCAGGAUCUGUUCCCGUGCUAGUUAAAUCUGCUAUAGAACUGGCCCCAUAUAACUAAACUGUCCUCACACUCCAGAAGUCUUCCAGACUAUGGAUCAAUGGAUGUGGAUUGAGUGUUGACUCAUGUGGAUCCCUAAUUACCUGUCCCCACCCCCCAUUAGAUGGAUACCUCUGAGGACUGAGUCUAAACCUUUUCCUGGAAGUAAAAGGGAAAGGGUCUUUUUCUUUGAAUUUGAAGCACUAAAUGCAAAAAACAAAAAAACCCACAUUUUCAUUGUUACUUUUUAUUCUGAGCCAUGCUAAAAUUUGCCUAAUUUGUUGUAUAUAAAAGGACUAUUUGUAUUUUUUACACUCCAUCAUCUUGAGAUAUGAUCAAGCAUAAAUGCCACUAGAAUUGCUUUGUCUAUAGUUGUACCUGUGCAUAAUCUGAAUGUUUCUUUUUGCCAUAGUGUGUAUACAAUUUAAAACAUAUGUACCAUAACCAGAAAAUAUUUUGGAAAGGUAUCAACUUGUACAUAUAAGCAUGGGCUAUGAUUUCUUAACAUAGAAACCUAUUCAAUUAUGUAAAAUAUCUCCUUAAAACAUGUAUUUCAAACUGGUCACAUUAAUUUCAUUGGUGAGCCAAUAGUGAAUUGCCAUCAAACUUUAUUUUUUAUCUUUUUACAUCCAAAUUCCAUAUAUAACAUAUUGAAGAGAAAAUAUGCUUGCUUCUUACAAACCGUAAUCUUGGGAUAUUUUCUGAAGUUAUUUCUUAAAGUUGGCUUAUUCAGAUCUUUAACUCUGUAACUGUACCAUGUUUAAGUAGUAAUAGGGAAAAAUUUAGAUUAUAUUAGUGCUUUUACUUGGUUUACCUCUAUUUUCAGUUAGUUGUCAAAGAUACUUGUUUCAUGCUAAUUAAUAAAACCUUUUAAAAUGCCAUCAUUGAGGAAUUCAAACCAAUAUCCACUUUAUAGGCCAUAUGAUAUUGGGCUUUUAUUGUUAUAUAAAUGUUUCAGGACACUUGAUUUGACCAAGAUUAUAUCUGACCCCGUGUGAUAUUGUUGAGUUGUGUUAUGACAGGGUCUGCUGUGUUUAGAGCAGCGUUUUGAUCAUGAGACCAGUAGUGAUGAUUUCUCUCUGUGCUUUGUAAUUGGUGUGAAAUGAUACUGAUUAUUGCACUUCCCUGUCUCCUCAUCUCUUCUGUCCCAUUCUUGUCGCUGCUUUCUCAUUAAUCCUUCACAGACUGUCUGUCCAGCAUACCAAAGACUUUGUGUUAUUCUCUUAGUGGCUCUUGGGUACCAGUGCAUCAUUUGGGCUGUGCAUUUGUCUCAUUUUUGAUAAAUGAUUUGCCCCUUCUGGUCAAACAUGGCCAUGAUAAGUCUCAUGCUGCUUUUUAUGGGCAUGUCGUCAUUGAUUACAUGUUGUAAUCUGUUUAUUAUGCUCACCAUGUGUCUUUCCAUUGCAUCCUUUGGAUCAGUUGUAAUUUUUAUAAUUUCCUCUCUAUAUUUGAAAUAAUAAUACUUGGAAUUUAGAUAUUCACAACUUAAAUAAAAUUUACCUAUGCAAGUCAUAUUCUGACUGCCUAAUAUUUUGAUGAGUUUAGUGCUGUGGUCUUAGAAGAACCACCCUCUGAAUUAGUCUUUUUACUGUGAAAGUGCCUAGCUGAAACAAAUACGAUUUUUAGAAAACUAAACUAUAAUUGAAUAAAUGUCAACCAAAUAUGAAGUGGUAAUAAUUUUCAUCAUUAUCAUUACUAAGAAAAGAUUACCUUGUCAACAAAUUGAUGUGAAGGAGACAAAGUUAAUUAAGUUAAUCACGUUGAUGUCCGUCUUUUAAGGUUCCUUUUUAAAAUCAGAACCAAAAUAAUUUAAACUUAAUAUGUUAUAUGUCAGCAAAAAUAAUUUGGCUGAAUUGCUGAAUUGAGGUCGUUAGUUUCAUUCUCACCUAAAUCUCCAAUUGAAUUUCAUCACAUAUUGCACAAAUGCUGUAUGCCCCUCCUUGUAAAAAUCCAUACCAUUUUUAAUGGUAACUCCUAAUUUUUAGGUCACUAUUCUAUUUGCUGAGCAUUCCAUGUUGUAUAAAAGGUCAGACUAUUUAUUCCAUUGUGGUAAAACACAUUGCUGUUGGCUUGUUGGAAAGGUGAGACAGUAUGUUUAUUCUGAGGAAUCAUUGCUAAUCUGGUAUUUUUUAAAAAGUAGCUAUAUUCAUGAUUUUGCUGUUGAACAUUGAAAAAGAACACUGAGUACUAGUUUUUAUAGAGUUUAUUUUUUUAUAUUUUCAUAGAUGCUCCCUUCUCUACCACUAGUUUCCCCCCAAUUUGAUAAUAGAUAUCCUGUACUUUAGUUGUGUUCUUAAUAUAGCACAAACCAUUAGUUCUUUUUUAACUUUAUUCCCACCAACAUAAAUGCCAGAAAUGUGAAUAGCACUAAGAAUAAUGCAGUUAAAGGAAACACAUAAAAAGAAAAUCUAUCCAGUGUACUUUUGUGAAGAGAGAGACAUCUCUAUGUAUCUUGUAACCUGUGAUUCUAUUUUAAAGAAAAAGAGCAUGGAUUUUGAAAAAUAAUUAUACACUUGAUUCAAAGUGAAAUAUGUCUAAUUUGCCUCAAGUUUUUUUGAAAAGGAAUAGAGUCAGCAAUACAACCCAAAGCUGGAGUAUGUAUUUCAAAAUAUUCAACUUUUAUAUUUUAGUAUGCUUGUCUAACUUACAGGAUCCUUACCAUUCCUGGAAAAGGAACAUCAAAAAAUGCUUAACUUUUCUCUCUCUUUAAACAAUCACAAGUCACAUGCCCUCAUAAAUCUAGGAAAUCAUCCCCCUUUCUCAUUUCCAAAAUUGCAUUAUACUGAAUUGCUGUUUACUGAAUACACACAUACUGUGAACAGGUUUAAGUUUUUAUGUCUUUUGUAAGGUUGUAUGUAGAAUAUGUGUUUCUUUUUUUAAAGGGAAUGUUAAAUAUGUUUAAAGAAGCAUUUUUUUCAGUUUGCUACAUAUUUUAAUAAAUCAUGUUUACUAAUUUGUUCUGUAAAGAUAUUCUGAGUACAAGUUGAGAGAAGGUUGGGAGAAACAUAAGCUUCAAAACUAUACCUUUUAUAUUCAUCUAAUAAACUAACCCCUGCAGAUUUACCUCCAAAUUUGAUCACAUGUGAAGUAUGCAGUAUCUAAAAGUUUAUGUUUGAUAAUAAAAGAAACCUCUUUAAGAAAUCAGAACUUAAAUAUUUAGGAUGCAAACAACAUGGGUCAAAGUGAUUCACCUAAUCUGGAAGACAUGGAAUAAACCCAUGAAGAAUGCUUUACAUGGGAAUUGGAAAUUUUAUCUGUUGUUUUCUAUCACUAACAAACAUAGGGAUUUCUCCCUGGACCUGUGUUGUUACACCAUCUAGAGUUAGAAUAGGACAAUCUGACUGAUUAGUAGGCAAGCAUUUGGAAUAAUGUAUACUUUAAAAGUGAGAUUAAGUAUCAUGUUGGAAAAUACGGUUACAGCAAAGGCAUAGACAAUUAACUCAUGUAUUACUAAGACACCGUAAAUGUAAAACUAGUUUGCUUGGCUGUUAACUCUUGAAGUGUUGCUUAUGUCUGUUUUUAAAAUAUGCAUGUAUUUAACAGUUUUGCCAUAGUAUUGCCAUGAAAGUAAAUAAAUAUAUUUUCUUACACUCUAA